GCGUCCAGGGCUCGUGCGAGCCGUCCCUGCUGCCGCUAGCGGACGCCUCAGGGGAGUCAUGGCCGCAUCGUUGUCCUGCGUCAGCGCUGGGCCUGCAGCCUCGAGGCCCUCGGGCCUGAGCUGCCGCCUCCUGGUGCUGCUGCUGCUGCUGAACUCCGGUUACAAAGGAGACAACACCAAACCAGCUUGUGGCAAACCCUGGUGGCCGAAGAAUUUGGACGUGACACGCCAUUGGCCCUGGGAGGUGAGCCUCCGAGUGGAAAAUGAGCAUGUAUGUGGAGGGGCCCUCGUUGAUCUCGACUGGGUGGUGACUGCUGCCCACUGCAUCCAAGGCACAAAAGAGUAUUCAGUGAUUCUCGGCACCUCCAAGCUGAAGCCCACGGACUCCACGAGGGCCCUCUUGAUCCCUGUGAGAGACAUCAUUAUGCAUCCCAAGUACUGGGGCCGGAACUUCAUCACGGGUGAUGUUGCCCUCCUCCAGCUUCACACUCCUGUCGUCGUCAGCAAGUACGUGCAGCCCAUCUGCCUCCCGGAGCCCAACUACAACCUGAAGGUUGGGACACAGUGCUGGGUGACCGGCUGGGGCCAGGUUAAACAGCGCUUCUCAGCCAACUCCACGCUGACCCCAGAGUUGCAGGAGGCCGAGGUGUUUAUCAUGGACAACAAGAUGUGUGACCGGAUUUACCGCAAGAUGUCCCUCAUCCCCCGUGUUGUCCCCCUUGUCCUGGGGGACAUGAUCUGUGCCACCAAUUAUGGAGAAAACUUGUGCUAUGGGGACUCUGGGGGUCCGUUGGCUUGUGAAGUCGAGGGCAGAUGGAUUCUUGCUGGGGUGUUGUCCUGGGAAAAGGCCUGCGCCCAAGUACGUAAUCCAGGCGUGUACACCCAUAUCACCAAAUACAGCAAAUGGAUCAAGAAGCAAAUAAGCAAUGGGGUUCUCUCAGUCCCCUGCACCUCCUCCUGGCUCCUACUCCUGUCCUGGCUGCUGCAGCCCCAAAUGGGCCCCUGAUCUCCCUUCUCCUUUCUUCUCCGUGCUUUGCCUUUGCCGAAUGGGACCAGAUCAAGGUUAGACCAAGGUCAUGGGUCUGUAUUCAACAAGGGUCAAGGUGGGGAAAGAGUGGCCUCUGGGAGACUGGGUCGGGCUUUGGCCUCCUAGUGGGGAGGGAUGUGGUGGAUGACUAGGCCUUGAGUGACCAGGAGAAGGGAAGUGUGGCCUAGAAGGGCUUUGGAAUUAGGGACCAGGAUAGCAGGGAUUAAAUCUGUGCAAACAUGAGCUGGCUCUGUUCUCUUUUCUGGGUGGCCCUGGGAGUUGGGGGUUGGUGCGUGGGUAAGGCCUCCUGGAAUUAAUUCUGCCAGGAGGCUCCCCAGAGUGGGGACUGAUGUUUUUUGCUAUAUCACUGUGCUGGGGCUUUGGGAAAGGGCCUGGGCCUGAGGCAUCAGUUUCCUCAACUGUAAAUUGGGCAUGCUGUAAGAGAGCAGUUGAGACAUGCACUGUAGGUGACAGUAGGAAGGACCCACAUAUCGUGCUCCAAAAUCAGCUUUCUUU